GUACCAAAAUGGGUCCAUGAAGUCAUUCGGCCGAUAGCAGCAGAAUUGGAGUUCUUUAUGCCGCAGCCCUUCGUGGGGGAAAUCGUGGGGCUGUGCAAAGCGCUGGGAAUAAGUCUUGGAGAUGGACUCCUGCUUAACUUCGCCUAUGAAUCUACCGCGUUCUGUACUAGUAUCGUUGCUCAGGAUGACAAAGGAAACAUUUACCAUGGUCGGAACCUGGAUUAUGGUUUUGUCGAUAUAUUAAGCAAGAUUACAAUUGAUGUGAGGUUUAUAAAGAAUGGGCAGGUAGCGUAUCAAGGCACCACGUUUUUUGGUUACGUUGGCUUAUGGACUGGACAAAGUCCACACAAGUUCACAAUCUCUGGUGAUGAACGAGAGGGUGGUAGAUGGUGGGAAAAUGCAAUAGCUGCUUUUCUGAAUCGGAAUUACCCUGUCAGCUGGCUUGUCAGAGACACCCUGAGCAGAGCAGAGGACUUUCAGUCAGCUGUUCUCAGACUAGCGGGCAUUCCCAUCAUUGCUGAAGUUUACUAUAUUGUAGGAGGUGUGUCACCCAAAGAAGGCAUGGUCAUAACAAGGAAUAGAAGAGGGCCAGCAGAUCUCUGGCCUCUUGAUCCUUUAGGUGGAGCGUGGUUUCGUGUGGAGACAAACUAUGACCAUUGGACGACCCCUCCUCCUUUUGACGAUCGAAGAACUGCAGCCAUCAAAGCUCUCAAUGCUACUGGACAGCAGAACAUCAAUUUUGAUACACUCUUUAAGGUGUUGUCAGUGAAGCCAGUCUUAAACAAUAACACAGUGUAUACCACAUUAAUGAGCGCUGCACUUCCAGAUAAGUACCAGACAUGGAUCAGAACUGCGAAGUGA